GGACAGUUUGCUGAAGAAGAAGGACACCACCAUCGAGGAACUGUCCAGCACCACCGAAUCCCAAGACCAGGAGCUCCGCAAGCAAGAAGCAGAGAUCGCAGAUCUCCGAGCCCAGCAGCGGCAACUCACUUGCUAGCACAAUGUCCACAAGAUGACCGCGCAAGCCGCGGAGAGAGAAACUGCAGAGCUGAAGAAGGAGAUCCAAGUCCUCGCUGACGAGAAGCGCAAGCUUCUCCGUGAAGACUUCCCCAGCCUGGCACAGAAGCUCUCCGAGCACGACAAGACCAUCGGGUACUUGCAGGCCGAGCUCCACCAGAACCACAGCCGCGACGAGGCAAUCAUCGCCACUCUCCGGAGCGAGAAGGAAGCGCUCCAGGAGCAGCUUCGCGGUCUCCACGACUGGAUUUCGACAAGGUGUGACGAUCGCCUCAUCAACGAUUACAUGAACCGCAUAAACGACCUGAUUGAGAAGUACGAGGUUCUCAAGAAGGAGAACCACUACUUGAAGAGAGACAUCACGGAUAUGAUUGUCGUCACCUUGCAGGCGCAGCAUUCGGGUGCAAGCAGCAACAAACAGUAUCUCGAUGCCGAAGCCGAGAGCGCUCGAGCCCGCAAGGAGCUUUUGGUGGUGACAGCAGAGCUUGAGCGAGCGAAGGCUCACAUGCGUGGCGUACAGAGCGCGUUCAAGGUCGAUAUCAAGGAGGAGGUGAAUCCCGAUUCAGAUUCCAUGGAAGAUACCGUCAAGAGUCUCAUGAGUUCCAUGGUGGAGAACAAGAUUACCGCUGAGAUCACGGUUGCUGUCCUCACUAGACUGUCCUCUAAGUACUAUCGCUGCGAGGAACUGCUGACGGAAAUCGGCAAGUUGAAGACAGAGGCAGAGGAGAAUCUUGACAAGUUUCACAAGGCGGAAUCGGAGCUCGACAAGUAUAUCUUCGAGGAAGUGGAUCGUCGGAAGGAAGUCGAAAACCUUCGCACAGAGAGAUCCAGCCUUGAGAGUACGAUCCAGAUCCUCAAGGACCAGCUGUCACGCUGUCGGGAUGUCCUGUCGGAGGUAAGGAGUUCUGAUAUCUCAGUCCCUUCGUGUGUGAACCUUCUGAGGGAUAUGGAGGGGAAGUUGACUCUAAGGGAGGAGGAAUUAAUGAGCCUCUACGCGAGGGUAGCGCCGCUCGAGGAGGAGCUGGAGAACGUCCACGCGGACUACCGGAGCCAAAUUCGUGAUCUGGAGAUGAAGCAAUCCACAGCGAAGAAGUACGCCUACCUCAGUCUGGAAAACCUCUAUUACGAGGCAUUCAACAAGAACCACCGGCUUCACAAAGAACUGGCAAAAUAUAAGAAGAUGGUGGGUGAGACGCACCGCGUUCCUAAGAGGGUCCCUCUGAACAGGAUGUACCAUGAGCGACGAAUGAUCGCAGUUGCGCUGCAGCACGUGGGAGAUUUGGUUCCUGAAGAAUGGCGAGACACCAAGGUGAUAAAGGGAUGUCAUCCUGUGACCAGGCUCGCAGCCAUGAACAUCGUGCCCGAACUCGUGGACUGGCACGCGUGGCUGGGCGAGCACUGGAAGAAACCGACCGUGCCCGUGUUGACAGAGUAUGGAAGCUGGACGGACGAGGAAGAUGAGGACAAUGAUGACGAGGGCGAUGACCACAGGGACUCCAAGCAAAGCACCCAGAACGCGGUCGGGCCCACCUCAGAAGAGCCGCCCAUUGAUGAGGAUGGCAACGAAGACGUUGACGAACACGGUGACGCCAGGCCCACCUGGUUCCACAAGAAAAAGGCCGAGGUCGAGGCCAAAGAGAAGGAGCUGAAAGCCGCACUGCUGAGGCAUGCGUAAGGGACCAAAGGAGAUGACGCAGGCGCAUGGACGCGAAGGAUGGACAUCCUGAUUGAAGAAGAUAUCUCUAGUGUAAAGGUGGCAUUUGGCUGGUUACAACGGUGAAGGCGUGUGUGUGCUUUGUCAAUGAUUAGUGCAGUAUUCCUUGCAGUGUAUAAUUGCAUUUCCCUCUUUCCUUUGUGCAUGACCGUUCUUCGGAGCUGUGUGUUGUAGCAGUGUCGCGAUUCAAGUGAGUUUCUCCAUCUCGAUCCAACGUGUCCCAGAGGCGCCGUAUCAAAUCUGCAGACAAAAUCAGGUAAGAAAAAGCGGGUAAAAGUUCUAUCGUGUCAAAUGCACGCCGUUAUGCUCAAGGAAAG